ACACGUGGUUUUGGGACAACUCGCCUUCUCCCGGUUGCUUCCGUUGAAUAAGACGGCUAUCUGAGGAGAUCUCCGGAGCUAUGGAGACUCGUCGAAUGCGAAAAAGGUUUUGCGGAAUGCCGGAGGAGAGGCCGCCGGAGUGGCUACCGGAUGGAUGGACGGUUGAGGUCAGAAAUACGAGGCACGGCAAGUAUAGGUAUUAUAGAUCCCCAGUUUCCGGUUCCACAUUCCAGUCGAAAGAUGAGGUUUUGCGCCAUCUUAGUCUAGCAAAGCAUGACAGCGGCACAUCUGGAAGGGCAUCAUGUUCUAAUGAAAGCAAAAAACAACCUGCAAAAGAAAUGAAGGAAUCUCUUGAACCCUCAGGAUGGAUUUUGGAGAUUAAAAGUCGAAGGAGAGGAAAAACUGUGAGAAAGACUAACGAGUCUCCAGAUUCACAUAGAGAGUUGGGUGAAACUACCACAAUUCCUGACAGAUUGCUGCAGCCAUCUUCUUCUCAAGGUAAAAUUCCUAAGCUAAUUAGAAUGUGGGUGAUAAUAAGCUCUUUUAUUGCUUGGAUAGCUUUGAAUUUUCACAAUUUUGAUUGCUAGAAAUUGACAAGCAAGUGAAGGUUGGGCACUAUUUUUUUUUUUUAAGGU